CCGGUUUCUUUCCUUCUUUUCGUAAUGGUGCUUCGGGUUGCAGUGUCGUAAGCUGUGGAUCUCCUCAAUCCGGACACAUCACUCGUUUGCACCGUAUUUAUCCGGACGUAACUUAACAGAUUAAUCAUGCUGUCGAGGUAUAUGCUUCUAAUUUUGCUCAUUUUGCCCAUCGCCACCAUUCUUCGGCAAAACGCACCGUAUGCUGUUGCAGAAGUGACGGUUGAAAGUGCAGUUGAGGAGGAGGAAGAUGAUGUUCAGGUUGAAGAUACCCCAACUGCAGCCGAACAGCCUGACUCCUCAUUAACUGAACAGGAGGAGGAGGAUGAUGAAGAAAAGCCGUUAAAACCAUCGCCUGAUGGAGACACUUACAUGCUGUUCGUAGAGCCCAAGACCUUCAAGUCCAAGCUUCCAGCAGGAAAGGAAGUUCGUUUCUUGGUAGGCUUCACCAACCGUGGUGAGAGAGAAUUUGUCCUGGACACCAUUGAUGCCUCCUUCCGUUACCCCAUGGACUUUUCCUUCUAUAUUCAGAAUUACUCUACAAUUGGUUACACCAAAGUGGUGAAGCCCAAGCAGCAGGCCACUCUGUUCUACAGUUUUCUGGUUAGCGAGUCCCUCAGCAACCGGCCCUUUGGGCUCUCUGUCAACCUCAUGUACAGGGAUGCUGAUGGCCACCCAUACCUGGAUGCUGUCUUCAAUGAAACUGUUGAGAUAGUUGAAGUGGAUGAAGGUCUUGAUGGUGAAACGUUCUUCCUUUAUGUGUUCCUGGCAGCUUGUGCUGUGCUGCUCGUGGUACUCGGCCAGCAGUUCAUGUCAUCACUCGGGAAAAAGAAACCAGCUGCAAGCAAACAAAAAGUCGAGAUGGGCACGCAAAACACUGGAGACGUCGAUUAUGAUUGGCUCCCUAAAGAGACCCUUGAACUCAGUCGUUCCCCGAAACGGUCACCACGGCAGUCACCGAAGCAGAGACGUGUGAAACGGGGCACAGGCUCAUCUGGCGAGGAGUGAGAAGGGAAAGUGUGCUACUUCCGGCCUCCCCUGGGUUUGCACUACACCUGCGGAGUCCAUUGGCUCUCGUCAAAGUGACUUGGGGAACGAGAAAGGCAACCGUGUUUCUGAUCAAUGCCAGUGUGUGUUGUGCGAAGGCAAGGGUGGAAGGAAGUGUGUGGGUGUGACUCUUUUGUAAUGUGGAGCCAGCACACAUGACAGGCUGGCCAAUAAACAGUGCCAGCCCUUUU